CCCAUGGGAUCACCAGUCCAGUUAUUCCGCGCAAUCGUGCCUAGCUCGAACUGACGGUGUAAGUUUCGUCUUUGUGAUUCGAGACCUAUGUUCGAGAUGACUUGCUGCGCAUUUCGCCUCGGGUCCGUUCCUUCCUCGCCACCUCCUCCAGCUAGGCGGCAAUGAAGAAGAGGAUAACGAUUCCGCAAUGGUUGACGCUUGGCGCCUCGUUCGGCGUGGCGGCUCCACUUACGCUAAAAGCGAGAUAGUUUUGGACUGCGAGAACGUCGUGAUUGGUCGCAAUGUUCAGCCCAAGUAUCGGCUUGACAGCGUCAACAUCAGUCGUCAGCACGCUUGCCUGAAGUACUCUAGCGGAAACGGACAAUGGGACAUCACCGAUCUUCGGAGCCAUAACGGCGUGUUUGUCAACGGCAAAAAAAUACCAGCGUCUCAUCCAUUUGCGCUUCACGAAGGCGAUGUUAUUGGUUUCGGAAAGCCUGCGCCGAGUGGUGAUGAUGUGUUCGUGUUCACGUUGACGAAAUGCGAGGGUGUCGCAGUCAAGAGCGAACUGCCUGAUCCGCCGCGUGCAGUGCCCCCUGCUUCGGACGUCCUCUUGUCAAGUGACGAUGACGAUAUUGUCGUCACGAAAAUGGUCAUUGCCAAGCGACGGCCGACUGUGUCAACGAGCUCGGACUGUGUAUUUUUCACGAACGCUUCUUUGUCAACGACCCUUCCUGCUGCUCCUCUUCCUGUCGAGACCAAAAAGGAACCAUUUGUGGAGGAUGACAGCCUUAGUUACGGUGCUUCAUCGGCUUCCACAAGUCGGGCUGUUGGUGCCGCCCACACCAGCGUUGCAGCAACGGCCAACACGAGCUUCAAGACCAGUCCUCGUCAUCAAGUUCUAAGGACCGCAUUCGCAUCUUCUUCCAAAACUGUACCGUCUGAAGCUGUGGGGAGAGUGAAAAUUGAACGGGACUGUGACUCCACUGACUCUCGAUCGUCCUGUAGCCGCGACACGCAGUGUAGCAGGCUAUCAGUGCCAGUGGCCUUGACCGCUGAUACCAGAAACUCACCUACAGCAACCCUGCCAGCACUUUCUCCUCAUGCUCCUCAUACUUUCAUUAAACAGGAGGUGCCCGAACACACAGUUGGCAUUGAAAGUUUUCCCACAUGUGAACCAGCACACGUGGCAAGGUAUAUCAAGCAAGAGCCAGAUGACUUGGGCAGAGUGCAAGCCCACAAUGUGCAGAGAACGAUAGUGACAAGUGCUCACCAAAGUGCAUUUUGCAGUGAUGUACCCCGACAGGACAUUGUCAGUAGUGGAUCCAAAAGGACAGAGCUUCCAAGCACUGUCUCAAGAGCAAAUGAAGCAAACUGCUGUGAGAGGACGCCUUCCACUCGCUGCCCCGAACGUAGUCCACAACACGUUUUAAACCAGAGUGAUCCUGAUGUACAUGCCAAGAGAAAUGAAAGCACUUCUGGACAUUCAUUAGCACCAAAAACAUAUUUCAGCAGCAUUACUGUGAAAGAAGAACCUACCGAAGCUGAUGGGUAUUGUAACAUGAGGCAAAGCACAAUGGAUAGCCAUGUGCUGGUGAAUGGGUCUAUUCCUCCUGGAAAUAUUGAAAAAGCUGUGCAGAGCUCCUAUACACUGGGUUCCUUAAAAGCUAUUGAUCCUGAGCAUAGCAGUUUGUUUCAACAUGAAAACAAGAGUGAAAGAUGCUCCAACUCAAAGUUUGUGCCAUGUCAGAAAAGGUCACAUUCCCCUAAAGGCAGCGGUUUGCUAAGCACUCCCAAAUUAGAUCUAUGCCUGUUGGUUAAGCCAUGCAGGGUUGUUGUUGAGAAAUCGGAAGACAGCUGUCUUGCUCAGCAACAAUCAGUUGCUCCUAUAAAGGAUCAGCAUCUUACUGAAAGUAGGGUGAACACAGAACAAAAUCAUGAUUAUGUUGAAGCAGAACUUCCUUAUGACAGUGUAAACACUACUAAUGAAGGCAGCCCUUGCGAUUUGUCGUUUUCUCAGAACGAUGUAAUAAUAAUUCUCUCCGACUCGGAUGAUGAUUGUUCAGUAGAUAUAAAUCUUGAGAUCAAGAAAGAAGCCGAGGAAGCAGAAGAGAUGAUUAGCAAUGAUGCUGAUGUUGAGGCUGGCAUUCCAUGGAUGAAUGAUUGCUUGAAUGACUUUGUUGAAGAAACAAAAGCUGUAUGUUCAAUAGCUGAAGAUGGGGAUCUUGAGAAGAGACUUGUUUGGAAUGAGUCGGAGCCUGAGCAAGCUACAGUGGAUAAGGAGCAACCAGAAAAUGAUUUCUUUCCUGUGCUGUCUCAAGGCUUCUCGCAGGAGGAGGCUGAUCCACCAGAGAUUAAGGAGAGAAGCAGUUCUGCAGAUGUAUUCUACUCAUCAUCAUUCUGUCACUCUGCUCGUUCAGGAGGCAGAGAAAAAAUCCAAGCGAAAAUCCCAAAAAGCCCCAAGAAAAAAUCGAGCUUGAAAGAGAAGGUCAUGAAGUCUAUGAAUCACAGAGUACCAAUGGCCGGAGGUGGGUCAGCAGUCCAGAAGAAAGGUGGUGAAAUGCUGCCAAAGUCUAGUUCUCUUGCUGAGCGUGAAGAUAGUUCGAAGAAGCCCCGCUACAAGGGCAGGUUCCAGUCCCGCUGGGCUCAUCUGCUAAGUACAGAAGAGCCGUCUAAGCCUGCGGCAACGGCAUCAAAAAGGCACCAAGGAAGAACGAUUAAACUUCUUACUGACAUAGAAAGAGCCCCAAAGAAAGCAAAAGGUGUCACUUCCUUAGGUAGUCCCACCAAAAGAGCCAAGCUAUCGAGCCCAUCUCGUGGUAUUAUACAGCGCCCAGCGAAAGAGCAAGCUUCAAAGUCAUCCGAUGUUUCGGCCAAAGCGGCGAAUCAAUCAAACCAAUAUUCGUUUGUUGCUCAGCCACUUCACGACAAAGCUCAUGAGCCAAGCUUGUUCUCCAGUGAACAAGAAAACCAGCGGUGUCCAUCUUUAAAUGCUAUGGAUAUACUUCCACAGCAGGAAAAGGCCCCCAUGCCAGAUCCUAUUCGUGGUGAAACUGAAAUUUUAUUCAAGCCUUCUGUGGAAGAUCGUGCACCAGACCCUAGAGCAGAGUCAUCAGUACAGCAAGAAGUGGGCUUUUCCGUUCCAAGGUUCAAGCAAGCUGUUCGAGUUUCUAGGGUGGCGAAGGGCUCGCCACCGUAUGCUGCCACUUUUGGGGACUUCCCUAUAAAUACGCAACUGCCUGGAAUUGUACCUCAGACUUCUGGGCCCAUGAACACCUCCGUGCCCAUGGAUACUUCUGAGCACGUGGAUCAAUCUCCUGAACCUAUGGACAUAGACGAACCUGAAGGGAGGUCACGUGUGCACUUUCACAUAGAAGAACCAAGUAGCCGAACGGAUGAGCAAAGAGCUGAGUUCGCACAACGUGCUAGGGCAUCACUAAAGCAGAAGAGGCUAGAACAUUGCCAGAGGAAGAAGAAAACCUUGGAAGACUUCAUUUCUAACAUCCUCAACUGGAAAGUUCAGUGGCUAAAAGAGCAGUUGCAUUCAUCAGUGCUUCCACCUCUGCUGGACAUGGACAAGGUCCGAGCGAAACGCUUGAUGUACAGUAGCAUAGAAGAAUACAAGCUAUUUAACUAUAAUUUUCUGUGCCUCGAAGUUUGGCAUAUUGUCUUUCGCAACUGGCGAGAAUAUUUUGCACAAACCAAACGCAUGACAUUCAGUUCCGCAGUUGUGCAUCACUCGUGCCCUCCUGGUGACACCAUGACAUUGACUUGUGUUGUUUUAGUGACGCCAGAGCAGAUACACAAAUCUUUGUACCCUUCUGAGGGCAACCUUGUCCGCUUGGACUUGCGCAUUCAAGAUCAGCCAAAAGCUGCGAUGCCAGUGUUUGGAUUUGUAGUUCAACAUAAGGUUGUGAGGGACCCUCGUUUAUUUAAAAGUGCCAUACCAGAUUUGCUGCAAAAUAUGAACACUGAUGGGUGCACUCCUGUCACGGUGAAAAUUCGUGUGAGGGCAAGGCCUGUGAGUCUGGACUUUGGUAAAGUUCAGCGUUUGUCGGUAGUAAGCAAGAUCACUCCUACUUUGCGGCAAAUGGAGGCAGUGCUAGAGCUUGAAAAAUCGGUGUUCGCUGAGAGCAUCGUCAGGCCUAAUGUGUGCCACUUCUGGUGUCGGAAGGGAGUUCCUAUGCUUUCCACGUUUAAAGAAAACUUCAACAUUGAACAAGAGCAAGUGAUCAGUUCUGCUGUUGGUGCUGUGAGAGCGCAUGGAAAGGAACCUAGAAUUAUAAUCUUACAUGGCCCGCCUGGUACAGGCAAAACGCACACACUUGUUGGUAUGGUGACAGAGAUCCUUCAUCAUAACAGCAAACAGACCAUGCUGAUUGUGGCUCCAUCCAAUGCGGCAGUUGACGAGAUUGGUCGUCGUCUUUUGGCUCAUCGACAGCAGCAGUAUAGGCAGAAAGUUCCAGCAGAACAAGUACUGAAGGUGGUCCGAGUAGGCCAAACCAACAAGGUACACCAAGAGGUUCGUGGAAUAUGUCUUGAAGAGCUGGUGCAAAAGAACAUUCAGAAGGAAGAGAAUGAACGUUGCAGAGAGUAUGACCUGAUCAUUUGUGCUUUAGAGAAAGAUAUGAAACAGUGUGUUGACAAAGUGCGCCAGCUUGAGGGGUCUGCUACUCGGGAUGUGAAGGCUUCUAGACGUCUUGAGUUUCAGAUGAAUCACUUGCGGGCUCAGAUUCAGCAGACUAAGGAGGCCAGGAAGAAGUUCACAACUGACAGCAGUGCCCGGCAGUUCCGCAAGUUUAAUGACAGGCAUCUUCUGAUUCUACGCAAUGCACAUGUCAUUCUUUCCACUCUGAACAGCUGCCGUAGCCGUCUGAUGGAAGAAGCAUUUGGCCGCAUGAGUUCUCAUAAAUUCUCGUGUGUUCUUCUUGAUGAAGCAACUCAGUGCACCGAAGCUGAAGCUCUCCUCAGUGUGCAGUAUCAGACAAGUAGGCUGAUUCUUGUCGGGGAUCCUAUGCAGCUGCCCGCUACCGUCAUCUCACAGGACGCUGCAGAUUAUGGGUUCCAGGAAUCGCUCUUUGAGCGCUUUUACAAGUACCUCAGUCAAGAAGUGAUCAAACCCAUUUUCACAUUGAAUGAGCAGAGACGGAUGCAUUCAGAGAUUUGUUGGUUCCCGUCGAAUUACUUUUAUGGGGGUAAACUUCGACCAGUUGUUGGCCUGGACGCCAGUUAUGCGUUGUUCCCAUUGAUUCCAUACCUGGUGUUCAACAUUGAGGACAGCCAUGAGGUUAGCGAGGGCACUGGGACGUCAUGGCUAAACCGCGGUGAAGCUGCCUUUGUUGCCCAUCUUUGCUUGGCUAUUUCCCAGCUACUUGGGGAUGCCUCACUUGGUGUUAUCACGCCGUACCAGGCACAGAAGGCUGCCAUCACAGAGCAGCUUCGAGAGUGCUUUGCGCCACAGGCAGCAACUUUUGACGUAAAUACUGUAGAUGGUUUUCAAGGCCAGGAAAGAGAUGUCAUUGUGCUGUCCUGUGUGCGCGCUUACAACCCUAGAGGUAGCAUUGGCUUUGUUGCUGAUGCCCGCAGACUAAAUGUUGCCAUCACAAGAGCGAGGAAAGCUUUGUAUAUCUGUGGGCAUCUGGAGUCUCUCAAGGACAGCGAUGAGUGGAAGGCAUUGAUUUCCGAUGCUUAUUGUCGCUCCAAAGUGAGAGAUAUCUCGGCUAAAUGCUCUUCUAACGUUCUCGCGGACAUUAUCAAGAAACCAUGUUCAAAUUGAUGGCGACCAAGUUGAGGAUUUCAUCACUUGUGCAUUUUUUGUUUAUAAAGAUUGUGUGUUUGCCUUUAUGCUGUGCAAUGUGUAUGUAAGCACUGACAUUUUGUGUUUUUAUGUAGGCCAGUCAAGGUCUUCAAAGAGUGCAUACACAGGUUACAUUUUUCGAUUUUAGUGGUUUGAUUUAUUGUGCUUGAAAUCUUCCCCUCAUUUCUGACAUGGCUUUCUGACAUUUGCACAGGCUGUGUCUCUUCACGAUUGUGUUGUCCAUCUAUAUAACUGACAUUAUUGCAUUUGGCGAAGACUUCGAAAAGUAUUCAAGCCACGUCUGAAAAUGCAAAAGACCAUGUAGCUGGUUUUCGUGAUAUGGGUGUCGCAUUUUUCCCAAGUCAGAAUGCAGAGUUUGCUAUAUUUGUACAUUAAUGCCCAUCGAAAUGAAAGUUUGAAUUUUCACUGUU